AUGCAUAUGGGUAUCAACACUACGAAUAUAGUUCUUAUCCCUAAAGUCCCAAAUCAAACUAGACCUAGUCACUUCCGACCCAUCUCCCUUUGCAAUGUGCUUUAUAAAGUCAUAUCUAAGAUCAUUGCAAACAGGAUUAAACCUAUUCUACAUGCAAUCAUAUGCCCUACACAAGCUGCCUUUGUGCCUGGUAGGAAUAUUCAGGACAACAAUGUUAUUGUGCAAGAGAUAAUCCACUCGUUCAAAAGGAAGAAGGGGAAGGAAGGCAAGGUUGGGUUGAUUAAGCCCUCCUAUGGGCUUCGUCAAGGAGAUCCUCUCUCCCCCUAUCUCUUUAUUUGGGCGGCCGAGGUUCUCUCUAGGCUGCUUGGGAAUGCGCUGGCCAAGGGAGAGAUUCCUGGUAUAAGGCUUAGCAGGGGCGGCCCGGUCCUUUCUCACAUCUUUUUUGCGGAUGACUUAAUCCUUGUGGGGAGAGCUAAUGUGAGGGAGGCCGAAGGUGUUUGGAAAUGCCUUGAACAAUUUUGUGAUUGGUCGGGUCAACAAGUUAAUAGGCUUAAAACAACAAUAUUCUUCAGCAAAAACACCCCCCAGAGUAUGAAACGUGGGAUUAAGGAAAAGUAUGGUAUUGGUUCUCCAGUAGGCUAUAUAAAAUAUUUGGGUCUCCCGUUGUUUCGAUCGAGGCAAAAGGAUGUUGACUUUAAUUUCAUUAUUGAGAACCUCACUUCUAAGUUACAAGGGUGGAAGGCGAAAACCCUAUCUAAGGCUGGGAGUGCUACCCUGAUCAAAUCAGUGGGCCUUUCAAUGCCGAUGUAUGCUAUGCAAACCACCAAAUUAUCUAACCGGCUAGUUACUAAAAUUGAUGGGCUGGUUAGGGAUUUCUGGUGGGGGUUUGAUAAAGCUAACCAUGGUAUGCACUUAAGAGCUUGGGACAAGCUUUGUCUCCCGAAAUCCCAUGGUGGCCUUGGAUUCAGGAAGACGAGAGAGAUGAAUCUGGCAUUUCUAGCCAAAUGGAGUUGGAACUUGUUGAAUGGGUGCAACUCUCUUUGCUGUCGUAUACUUGAGGCUAAAUAUCUUAAAGGGAAGGAGUUCCUUAAUCAUAAAUUCAAGAGCUCAGAUUCUUGGUUUUGGAAAAAUGUGGUCCAAGCUAAUGUUAUUUUACGAAAGGGUGCCUGUAGACUGAUUGCUGAUGGUCAAGAUACGCGUAUAUGGAAGGACCCCUGGAUACCUCACGGUAAAGAUUUUCUUCCGAAACCUGUAGGUUCCUUUGGUAACGAGGAUGCUAAGGUGGCCGAGCUCUUACUUCCUAACGGAAUGUGGGACAUUCAUAAGCUUAAUGCUCUCUUUGAUCGCGAAACGGUUACCGCUAUUUUAAAAGGGGGUCAUCCCCCUGGUCAAGGUAUGGAUAGGUGGGUGUGGACACUGGAACGGAGUGGCCAGUUCUCAUGUAAGUCUGCCUACCUAGCACAAGCCUUGGAGAGAGCUCCUCCGUGUGAGGUUGCUCCUUCUCUAUGGAAUAAACUCUGGAAUAGUAAAAUUCUUGAAAGACAUAAGAUGCUUUGGUGGUGUAUUUUAUCCAAGGCUCUUCCUCUUAGGGUUGUGAUUCAUAGAAGAUUCCCCAUUGAGGAUACUAACUGCCCUCUUUGCGGGAGAGGGGAGGAAACUUUUGAACACUUGUUCCUCACUUGUGAGGUGGCUUUCCACUUAUGGAAAUCUUCUCCUUGGGGCAUUUAUCCGGUUUGUAAUACAGGCAUCCGACCUUGGGAUUGGGUAAAAUUUAUUUGGGACCUUAAGCACAAGGGAGUAUACGUGGAUGAUGUUUUCCUUUAUGCUUCGAUUAUUGUUGACACCAUCUGGAGGACCCGUAAUGAUAAGGUACACAAUAAUAGUCCUGUUGAUGUUAAAAGAUGUAUUGACUCUAUUUGUAACUCUUAUGCAGAUUUGCAUGCUACCAUUUUCCCUCCUCCUAGUCCCUACCUACCACAGGACUGGAAGCCCCCUCCUCUUGAUUGGAUCAAACUUAACUGUGAUGUCAAAGUGGGGCUGGAUAGCAUGUGCUCAGCAGUUGUGGCCAGGGAUUACCUUGGCAGGGUGCUGCGGAUUACUACGGCCAGGCUAGGAUUCGCUGAUGCUCUGUGUGGAGAAGCGGCGGCCUGCUGCUUGGCAAUUGAAACGGCACUGGAUCUCAAGGCGAAUUUUGUUAUUGUGGAGAAUGACUCGAGUGUGGUUAUCAAUGCUCUUAAUGGGAAGUGUCCUCAUUGGGUGCUUGUGAACUACAUCUCUUUUUGA